AUGUGUUGGAGCUUUGAGGUAUCCGUGGCGUUUGCCCUCUUGGAAGCGUCAAGCAUCGUCUACCUUUACCGGCGCGCCAAGAAUUCGACAAACCCUUAUAUUCGAGCCCAACUAUGGGUGAUGCCACUGCUCAUAUCCAUUUUGAUGGUGGAAACAGUCGAGGCUCUUGUGUGGUUGGAUACCACCUUGUUACCUGUCACGGCCGAAGAAGGACCACCAUGUUCUGCCUACAAUCGCAACUUGACCAUGGUCAUUUGGUUUUUGGUUUACCCCUGGCAGCCUCUGCUGUGUACUAUUCCCUGUCGAAGAGUGGGACACCCCCGGAAUCGGGAUCUCUUUGCCAGCAUCGAGGUUGUCGCCAUUGUUCUACCCAUUUGGCACCUUAUGAUUUACAUUCUCGAAAUCAUUCCUCAUUUGCUGGAUGACAACUACAAUCCACCACCUCCAAGAUUUGAAACACAAAGGCAGGCCUACCAGCUUUUCCAGAACUCGGAGACUUGCAUGUAUGUAGGACAGAAUGGUCACUUAUUUUGGACUUUGGCCACAGCCAAUAGUUGGUUGACCCCCAAUGGCACCUGCUACAUUAUUCUGUUCUCCUCCUUCAUAUUGUGCAAGCCCAAGCGAUUUUUUGCCGGGAUGGCCCUUUUCAUGUUUGCCCUUGCAUUUUGCAUGAAUUCAUAUUAUGGGGGUUCCAUGGAAAUUGCCAGCAUGUGGUGUUGGUCGGGCAUGCUGAUGCAUAUCUACUUUAUAGUGCAACCCUAUCUGUUGCCAUGCAAUGACAACAAUUCAUAUUCUGCAGAUACAUUUGCUGCCACUGCUGGUUCUUAUGACAAGCUGCCAGUGGUGGAACUUGCCAAAUACAAUGGAGUUGGAGAGUCGUAUGAGCCAGAGUUGACCAGGCGACAAAAGUCAAUGGAUUAG